AUGGCCGUCGCAAGCGAGAUCUCUCCCAUCAGGGAACACUACAUCAGCCAACUCACACCUUUCGACAAGUUCAUUGCAAGCCUCGGCAAAACCGCUCGCCCGACAGACUUCCAGCUUGUGGAUUUCGCCGACCUCGAAAUUCUCGGGUCCCUCCCCGGCAAGACGGGAGCAAGGAUCGUCACGAAGAAAGCCUCCGGCCUUACCCCACAGGGCACCUUCGUCUUCAAGGGGAUGGACUUUGACCAGUACAAGCGAGACAGCAAAGACUAUAAGGAACACCAAGAAAAGACCCUUCUCCACGAGAUCCGCACCUUGUGCACCCUACCGCCCCACCCGAACAUCAUGCCCUGCCCCAAGGUCCUCGUCGUCGUGCAGGACGGGGACGAGAAGUACCGCAUCUGCGGCUUUCUUCAACCGGUCAUGAGCAAAGACUCGGUGGACGAGCAGGUCAUGCGCGCCAAUAGAGCCGGACACCGUCUCCCACUAGGUCUCAAGGCCAAGUGGUGCUACCAGAUGGCCCUCGCGAUCCAGCAUACCCACCAGGUCGCCGAGAGCUUCCACAUGGACCUGAAACCCGGCAACAUCCUCGUCGACGACUACAACGACCUCCGACUCAUCGACUGGGAGCAGAGCGGGUUCUCCAUGUUUACGCAUCCACCCGAGGUAACCAUCGACCAAGAGGCCGAAGAGUCGUCCGUUUCCACCGGCGCAAACGGUAGGCCGGUGGUCAUUUAUACCCCCCACACCGGCGCGCCGCGGAGAAAUCAGAAGUGGGGAUUUCCGGAGUGGAAGACGACGUGCCCCCGGGCCGCAGAGCUGGCGGAGGUGUUCAGUCUGGGCAGGACGAUGUGGAUGCUGCUCGAGCAGGUUGAGCAAUCCCCCGACCCUACGGUAUGGACGGCAAUGGCGAUGGACGUCCCGAAGGAGUGGCAAGACAUGGUCAUGCGGUGUGUUGAGAGGGACCCUAACAACCGGCCUGAGUUGAACGAGGUGGUUGAAUUUUGGCGCAAGCAAUUGUGCUAG